AUGCAAGCUCCAGUAGUGUUUAUGAACACUUCUCAAGAGAGAACCACAGGUCGUGAGGCUCAAAUUGCCAACAUUACAGCAGCUAAGGCGGUUGCGGAUGUUAUCCGUACAUGUCUUGGUCCUAAAGCAAUGUUAAAGAUGUUGCUUGACCCAAUGGGUGGUUUAGUGUUGACUAACGAUGGGCAUGCUAUUUUACGUGAAAUCGAUGUUGCUCACCCAGCUGCAAAAUCGAUGUUAGAAUUGUCAAGAACUCAAGAUGAAGAAGUUGGUGAUGGUACCACUACGGUUAUUAUUCUUGCUGGUGAAAUCUUGGCUCAAUGUGCCCCUUAUAUUACAGAAAAGAACAUCCAUCCAGUUAUUAUCAUCCAGGCUUUGAAGCGUGCCCUUUCUGAUGCGUUAGAAGUUGUUAAGCAGGUAAGCAAACCUGUUGAUAUCGAAAACGAAUCGGCCAUGAGAAAGUUGAUUCAAGCUGCUAUCGGUACCAAGUACGUAAACCACUGGUCCGAAAAGAUGUGUGAGUUGGCUUUGAAUGCAGUUAAAACCGUUAGAGUUGAUUUAGGAUCUACUUCUCAAGGAGAAACAAACUACGAAAUUGAUAUCAAGAGAUACGUCCGUGUUGAAAAGAUUCCAGGUGGUGAUGUCUUAGAGUCUAAAGUUUUGAAAGGUGUUAUGCUAAACAAGGACGUUGUGCAUCCAAAGAUGUCGCGUUUAAUAGAAAAUCCUCGCGUUGUGUUGUUGGAUUGUCCUUUGGAAUAUAAGAAGGGUGAAUCCCAAACCAAUAUCGAAAUUACUAAUGAAGAUGACUGGAACAGGAUUCUUCAAAUUGAAGAAGAACAAGUCCGUUUGAUGUGUGAACAAAUCUUGGCCGUAAAACCUAACGUCGUCAUAACUGAAAAAGGUGUAUCUGAUCUAGCUCAACAUUAUUUGUUGAAGGGUGGGUGCAGUGUACUAAGAAGAGUCAAGAAGUCCGAUAACAACAGAAUCGCUAGAGUGACAGGUGCUACUAUUGUGAACCGUGUGGAAGAUCUAAAGGAAACUGAUGUGGGUCAUGAUGCAGGUGUUUUCAGAGUUGAAUUGAUUGGUGAUGAAUACUUUACUUUCUUGGACGAUUGUAAGAAUCCAAAGGCUUGUACCAUUAUGUUAAGAGGCGCUUCAAAGGAUAUCCUAAACGAAAUUGACAGAAAUCUACAAGAUGCUAUGGCUGUGGCUCGUAAUGUUAUGUUAUCACCAUCAUUAUCUCCUGGUGGUGGUGCUACCGAAAUGGCGGUUUCUGUUAAAUUGACUGAAAAAGCAAAACAACUAGAGGGUAUUCAGCAAUGGCCAUACCAAGCAGUAGCAGACGCUAUGGAAUGUAUUCCACGUACUUUAAUUCAAAACGCUGGUGGUAAUCCAAUAAGAAUCCUAUCGCAAUUAAGAGCAAAGCAUGCCCAAGGUAACUUUUCCUACGGUGUAAAUGGUGACAAUGGUAACAUAGUAGACAUGGUAGAAUAUGGUAUUUGGGAACCAGAAGUCAUUAAACAACAAAGUAUCAAAACGGCUAUUGAGAGUGCAUGUCUAUUGUUAAGAGUCGAUGACAUUGUGAGCGGUGUCAGGAAGCAAGAACAGUAG